AUGACCAAACAAACGGGAGAGCAGGCCCUUGCUCAGAACAACUUGGCGGUGUCAUUAAGGCACAACGACUCCGUAUUCUCAGUCAACAAGUCGCACUCGCAUCUGAGCCAGACGCUGGCGUCGCAUGAGAUGGAGAAGGAGCUUCUGGAGAUUCAGGAAGCUCAGGCGGCAGAGACUGAAACAGGAAGGUCGACUCUUUCGCCAGAAGCCGCGUUGGGCGCUCCGCCUUCACCGGCUGCUGGAUCCGGAUCAUUUCAAAGAACACUUCGAAGAGUAGCUUCCGCGCCUUUGGUGCAUCGUCUCUUGAAUGACACCACCAAGAGCCCUAUGUUAGAACCCAAGAAAGAAUUUGACGUGAGGGAUCAUAUUGGCGAGCUUACGGACGUGAAAACCAGGCCGAGGACUUACACUCAAGGAAGAAUGUACUCUCACCUGGCUACAAGAAUUAUGUCAGCUCAAGUAGGACCGGAGUGCUUUGAGAAAGUAAAGCUUUUAGGUAAAGGAGAUGUGGGCAAAGUGUAUUUGGUGAAAGAGAAAGCCACACUGAGACUUUACGCCAUGAAGGUUCUCAACAAAAAGGAAAUGAUUCAGAGAAACAAAAUCAAACGAGCGUUGGCUGAGCAGGAAAUUUUGGCCACCAGCAACCAUCCAUUCGUUGUCACAUUAUACCACUCGUUUCAGUCAGAAGACUCCUUGUACUUAUGUAUGGAAUAUUGCAUGGGCGGCGAGUUUUUCAGAGCAUUACAGACCAGAGAAUCAAAAACAAUCGGCGAAGAUGACGCGAGGUUUUACGCGGCUGAAGUAACCGCCGCCUUAGAAUAUUUGCAUUUAAUGGGCUUCAUUUAUAGAGACUUGAAGCCCGAGAACAUCUUGCUUCAUCAGCUGGGACACAUCAUGCUCAGCGACUUUGAUUUGUCAAAACAGUCGGCCAAGACAAAGGGCCCCGAGAUUCAAUUCUCCAAAUCCCACUCGCACUCAAACAAUCCUACCAUCGACACGAAAGCAUGCAUUGAUGGCUUCCGUACGAACUCAUUCGUGGGCACAGAGGAGUAUAUUGCUCCUGAAGUUAUACGAGGAAAGAGCCACACCAGUGCUGUCGACUGGUGGACCUUGGGUAUCUUUAUAUAUGAGAUGCUUUACGGAACGACCCCUUUCAAAGGAAGAGACAGAAAAGCAACGUUCAGCAACGUGUUGAAGAAGGAUGUCAGGUUUCUUGAUACACAACUGGUCUCCUCCAAUUGCAAAAACCUAAUCAAGAAGCUUCUUAUUAAAGAUGAGACCAAACGGCUUGGAUCAAAGCUUGGUGCCUCUGACAUCAAGUACCAUGCUUUCUUCAAAAACACGCAAUGGGCGUUGCUCAGACACCAGCAACCUCCCAUGAUCCCAGUGCUCACGAAAAACAAGAAGGGAGACGUGAAGAAGCCCGAGGUGUUCUCCGUUGACGAAAGCAGUGGGUCUUCGUCUGCAUCCAAAGCGCAGGAGCCUAGCCUGGAGCCAGACCCAUUUGCUCUGUUCAGCUCUGUAACGCUCCACUAUAACGAAACUGAUGAUCACGAUCUGGCAUUCAUCUUAGGGUCAGAGAACUCCAUCAACACGUCUGUGGCAUACACCAUGAGCAGCCGUCCUGGAAUCAGUCCCAGAAAAACCAAAGGGUUUCUCCGAAGAUGA